CGCUGCAUAUAAAUAAAUACAAAUGAUGAAUGAAGACCCAAUAACGCCUACAACCGAGGAAGGCUCCGAGUUCUCUGAGCCGCGCGCGCACCGGCGGGAGAAGAUACUGCUGUACGAGGAGCUCAGGUUCGUCGAGAGAAACGAACACGAGAUCAACUCCACGUGGAAGAGCGCCCACUUACUCCUGUUCUUCCUAGCCUUCGUGUUCGGCUCGUUCUGCACGUUCUGCUUCCACAUGCUCAUGUACAUGUUCGACGAGAAGUGCGUGCUGUUCCCCAAGCUGCUGUCGCUGUCGGCGCAGAGGCACAGCAAGAUCUUCGAGUACCUGCCGCUGGAGCAGGAGCUGGCUAAUACGCUGCCGGUAGACUUCCUGAGCACGCAGUGGGUGGAGAAGAACGUGUGCUACCUGCCCACGUUCGUGCCGCUGGUGUCCGGCAUCUUCGGCCUCGUGUGGAUCACCAUGCUGCUCAUGUGCAACGCCGGCAGCCGCACGCAGACUGGUCUGCAGAGUCCGUGGCGCAUCCUGCUGCCGGUGUUCAUAUUCUCCGUUGCGAUGGGCGCGCUGUGCGUGUACGCGUCCGUGCUGACGCAGGCCGGCCUCGCCGAGUUCUGCAACAAGCUCGCCGAGGCCACCAACAGCCAGACAUGCUCGUACGCCAUCAACGUGGUGACCCUCCUCUACGAGCGUCGCAUCAGCGGCGUGUACCAGGCGACGCGGCUGACGGUCCUCUCCGCCUGGACGCACACGGCGUGCUGGCUGCUGUCCGCGGCGCUGGUGCUGGCCCGGGUCGCGCUGGCCGUCGACUUUCAGCUGGUGAGGGUGCAGGCCGUGCUGGACGGGGAUCUGGAUGUUAUGCUGCAACGAAACGAGAAACAAAUUCGAAGUGUCUACCCAGAGUUAGCGAUCGGCAAAGAGAAAAGAGACAAGGGUGUUCAGAAAGAUGGCGCGGCCCUAAACUACCCUCAGGGGCCGGGAGUGGCCUACUACCCCGGCACGGUGUUCCCGGCUGAUGCCGUCACUCCUCCAGGCACGGUGCCACAUGAACACGUCACAAUUAAACUACCGGACGACGCAAGUGGAAAAGAAACCAUAGACCUCGAGAAAGUACAAAUAGAUGACGAAGUCUACUACAUUGUUCCCUUACCCAAGACGCAAUCUGUUAAUGAAAGCGCAGAUUACGAUGAUUGGGUAGACUCGUCCAGAGAAGCGGCGCUGAAGAAGCAGCCCAAGCAGCACCGGUUCAUCGUGAGGUUCCUCUACGACUUCGUCGACGACCUCAUCGAGUUCGAGCUCGAGAAGUCUGCCGAGAAUGUAACAGAAGACAUCAACUUGCUAACGCCACCGAAGAAAUCCUUUGCGAAAUAAAACAACGAUGUCAUAAUUUGACGGUUACAUUAAAAACAUUUACAAUUA